AUGGACUCCUCAUACGUCUACUUAUCGUGGAUGGCCCAAGUGAACCGAUAUGUUUUAGUGUUAAACUUAGACGAAGAGGUGGAAUUUAUAUGGAGAGUACCUGCGAAGCGCUCACUACUGCUAUAUGUGCUCCUCACCUAUGGCGGUGCAUUGAAUCUGAUCUAUCAACGCAAUGAACUGAUAAACAUUCUGCAUCCCCGCAAAGACUUAGCUUGCGUGAGGAUCAAGCCUCAAUCGAUAUCACAGCAUGCAAUCUCUAAUAAACAUAUUUAUCAGCUACCUACAGCACCUUCAAUUGAAUUCGAGUACAAAUUAUCCUCAGACACUAACACAAUCUCAGGCAAAGCUGCCGUUGUAUUUGACGGGGUCAUUUUGGGGAGUCUGCUGUUGCCGUCUGGACUCAACGGAAUGUUGGCUUUGCGGGUAUACGCAAUGUACAGUCAAUCAAAGAAAAUCUGCGCCUUUCUCAUUGUGUGUUUCGCCAUUGUCCAAGUAAUCAACUUAGCCGGCUCAUUAGGGCUUAUUAUUGGAGUAAACUUCUUCCCGCUGGCCUCAGGGUGCUUGUUUGUCGAAACUUCGGCUGCCUUCGUACUUCAACUCAUUGUCGAUAUCACUAAUUGCCUCUAUGAAGUCGUGUUGCUUGUUUUGGCACUUCACAGGACAUUUAAAGACCAAGUAGCCAAUAUUACAAGCUCAUGGCGCAGUUUCAACACUCUAUGGAGUAUCUUGAUCAGAGACAACAUCUUCUACUUUCUAUUUGCUACCCUUAACUGGGCACUCACCGCAAGUUCUUGGAUACCCAAUAUACCAGCCGAGGCAAGUGCUAGCAGUGUGGAUAAUGUUGUUUACGCUGUGAUCGCCGGUUUUCUAACCAAUUAUGUAUUCGCCAUGCUUGGACCUAUCAUGAUGCUGAGCAUCCGACGAUUCGAUGCCAAGCAGGUUCGAGGCGGUACUUCCAAUGAAGUGGAAGCAGCCACCAUAGAGUUUGCCGCAGUCGGCACCGGGUCCCGUGCAGGCAUGCAGUCGACGGCUGAAGGAGCAGAGGUCUGA